GCUUUAUGAGUAUUGUAAGUUUAAAACAACACUAAGACUUUGGGACAUAUUACAGGUUUUCUCAUUUACUCCUCAUAACAACACCGAGUAAGGUUGUUAUCCCUAUUUUGCAGAUGGCGAAACUGAAAUUGAGAGAGAUUUCAAUCAGGGUCACGCUAUCCAAUAAGUGAAAAUCCUGCAUUUUAACCCAAGUCUUUUUGGCUCCAAGUCUAACACUCUGCAUUUCCCAUCUAGGUACCACAGUGUAAGCUAUUUAAUUAUUUAAAUCAGGUCCCUUUCUUUUGGCUUUUCAUUGGAGGAUGAGGCAAAUUCCUCAUUUCCUCAUUCUCUCGCACAAUUUGAAACUUGCGUCUUAAUUGUCCGCAGGAAUGCAAAAGAAUAAUUUCAAGCGAAUUUUCAUUAGAGAAAUUGCUUCCGUGCUUGGAUUGCUGUCCAAUCUCUCUCCUCAGUCCAGGGGACACUGAUGAAGGGGAAUACACUCUGGCUUAGGAAUUGAGAUGUCACUGAUAACUUUGGUCAUCUUGGACAUUCUGUCCUAAAUCUUCAGGUUGGGGGUGGAGUUGAGGCAGAUGGAGACAAUAUACAGGGGCCGCCUUGAGUACGAGUUAAAGGUGGGAUAACAUCUCCCUGCGUGCGCUACUCCGGAGCUGACCGGCCGCGCCUUUGCUGGGACUGACCGGGACUUUCGAACGAAAUGUCAGCAAUGGAAAAGAAAUUACUAGUGAUUGAUGUGGAUGCUGGUGUAGAUGAUGCUGUUGCCUUAAUGAUGGCUCUGGGAGCACCUAAUGUUGAAGUUCUAGGGAUCACUUGCUGUUUUGGGAACACUUCAGUGGAUAAUGUGUGUAAAAAUGUCCUUCGGGUGUUACAGAAGUGUAACAGCUUACAGAUUCCAGUUUAUAAAGGUGCUUCUUCCCCAUUCCUUAACAAUCCGAAAAGUGACAAUUAUUUUGGAAAAGAUGGAUUGGGUGAUAUUCCUGACCUAGAUGCUCCAGAACUGGACAAACUCCAACAAGAACAUGCAGUGCCUGCAAUGAUCAGAAUAAUUAAUCAACUACCUGGCCAGGUAACUUUGGUUGCCACUGCUCCUUUGACCAACCUAGCUCUAGCUGUGAAAAUGGACCCAAGCCUUCCUAUGAAAAUUAAAAAUCUGUUCAUGAUGGGAGGAAAUAUGAAUUCCAGAGGAAAUAUGGAUGCAUGUUCAGAAUUCAAUUUUGCAGCAGAUCCAGAAGCAGCUUACACCGUCUUAAAUGAAUAUAUUUGCCCCACUUAUAUUGCAACUUGGGAAUUUGUGUGCAUGUAUACAUUGUCUUGGGAAUUUUAUGAGCAAUGGACUUCACAGAAUAGUAAUAAGGCUAAGUUUUUGAGAGAAAUCAAUGCUUAUACUGUGGCCAAUUUGAAGAAACAUGUCCAGAAAUCCACCACACUAUUCUGGACACCAGGCUAUAUGCCUUCUGAUUGCUUUGCCAUAGCAGCUGCAAUUGAAAACGAUUUCAUCACCAAAACAAUAGUCUGUGCUGUGUCUGUGGAACUGGCUGGCUUCCACACGCGAGGAAUGAUGGUUUUGGAUGUUGAUAAUAAGCUUCAGAAGAAAAACCAAGUUUCAAUCAUGAUGGAGUGCAAUGUAGAAAAAUUCAAGAUACUUCUGAUAAACAGUUUGAAAUAGUUAUAUCUUUAAUGAAAGGUAAUGAUGAACACAAGAUAAGCCUGUUGUAUUCUGGGUGAAAACCUCAAAAAUAUUGCAUCCAUUUUGGGGAAAGAUGUUGGGGAAGUGGAGUAAAAGGGUAUAUUUUUAUUUCAAUAUUUAAUUUCUUUGGGUUUGUGUUACAUCCUGAGAGAUUAUCUAUGAAAAUUUUUUCCCUAAUUUUCUGCAGUCCUUCUAUUUUUGUCU